AGUGCAGCUUCACCUAUGUGUGUAUCUGUGUGUGCCGCGGACCAGGUUAAGUAGCUUGGUUACACGUAUAAUACCACCGUGUCCGGUUAUGAAACAGGCAAAUUAAGGAGCUGUAACCAGGAGCAACUCCGUUUUUUUUCUUUUACUGAGAGGACAUACCGAGUGUGUUUGAGGUUAAACCUGCUUUUCGACGCGGCUCACACUGCUGUGUUGUUACCGUCCAACCGGAGGAUCCGACCUUCGGACCAGUCAAGAAUGAGGUCCUCGUCUGCUUAGCGCCACAAUCCUGUUAAAGAUGGUUUAUCAGAGGUCCUCAGUGAUUAUGCUUCCCUUCGUGGUUAUGCUUGCACGCAGUAAGCUGUCAGGAAUGUCCUCCCUCUCCUGCCUCUGACAUGGUUUAACCCGCGUGUGAUCCGGUCACCAUGAUGGCCUCCAUGGUUGCCAAUGGGAAUCGAGAUGGGCAGGCUCUGGUCCUGAAGGGGGUGGAUCCAGAGACCUGCAUGAUUGUGUUCAAGAACCACUGGGCUCAGGUGGUGAAGAUCCUAGAGAAGCAUGACCCCCUGCGCAGCAGCUCCACCCUGCACCCCCUGAGUGUCAUCAACCUCAGCGGUGGCUCUGGUGGUACCUCUCGUUUCGGCCCCAUCCCUGGAGACGAAGCGAAUGCGGUGCAGAACUAUGUGGAGCACAUGCUGUUCCUGCUGAUGGAGGAGGACAGUGGGCAGGCCGGCGCCAUGGGCCCCAUCCUGGAGUUUGUGGUGAUGGAAAACGUGAUGGAGCGUCUGUUCGUGUGGAGCCUGCGCAGAGAGUUCACAGACGACAUGAAGCUGGAGCAGCUGAAGAUGUACGAGAUGCUGGUGGGCCAGGCGCAGCAGCCCCUGCUGCAUCACAAACCCAUCCUGCGGCCCCUCAUGAUGCUGCUGUCCUCCUGCUCGGGCACCGCCGCCCCGCAGGUGGAGGCCGAGCUGGUGCUGCUACUCAACCAGCUCUGCUGCGUGCUGGCAAAGGACCCUUCGAUUCUGGAGCUGUUUUUCCACACCAGCGAGGAUCAGGGAGCCACAAACUUUCUCAUCUUCUCCCUGCUCAUCCCUUUCAUCCACCGGGAGGGGACGGUGGGCCAGCAGGCCAGAGACGCUCUCCUGCUCAUCAUGUCAUUGUCUGCUGAGAACGAGCGAGUGGCCAAACACGUUGCAGAGAAUACAUACUUCUGUCCGGUGCUUGCCACAGGGCUGAGCGGCCUCUAUUCGUCUCUGCCCACCAAGCUGGAGGUUCCCAGUGAAGAGUGGCACUGCCUGCACAAAGAGGACUGGCUGCAGAUGCCGUCCCUCGUCCAGUUCCUCAACUCUCUGGAGUUCUGCAACGCUGUCAUUCAGGUGGCCCACCCUGAUAUCAGAAACCAGCUGGUUAGCUACAUCUACAACGGAUUCCUCGUGCCAGUGCUAGCUCCAGCUCUGCACAAGCUGACCCUGGAGGAGGUGAUGACAACCACAGCGUACCUCGACCUCUUCCUGAGGGCCGUGUCUGAGCCGGCCCUGCUGCAGACCUUCCUCUCCUUCAUCCUCCUCCAUCAACACGAGAGCGUCCACAUCCUGGAUACUCUGGUCAGCCGUGUCAACACACCCUACCAGUUGGGCACCGUGUCCCUGGCACUUUUCCGCACUCUCAUUGGCUUAUACUGUGAAGACGUGAUGCUGCAGCUCGUAUUGAGGUACCUGAUCCCCUGUAAUCACAUGAUGUUGAGUCAGAGACGUGUUGUGGGGGAGAGAGACUGCUACUCCGUGUCUGCAGCCAAGAUCCUGGCAUUAACACCGUCCUGCUGCUCUCCAGAUCACAGCCCCCCGCCUCUCCGGCAGCUGGACUCCAUCCUCUUUUCAAAGGGUGGAGAGACCCCAAACAACAAGAGCGCCACGGAGGAAAAUGAGAGUUUCUUAGGAGAGGAUGAUGGCUCUGGUAACUCCUGCACCAUCGGCUCUGAAGUCUACCUGGAUGUCAGUUAUCUUCAUUACCUCUACGACGCCCGACUGAGCAUCAGCAGCUGCAUACAGGCCUGCCGGGUUUGGUCAGCGCUGUACGACGGCGAGGAUCCCCCUCCUGAGAAAUACCAGCCUGGCGUCCUGGAGGAGCCGGGGCUGAAGAGUCGGCAAACUCAGAUGGCUCUCAGGAAAGUUCCACAGUUGAUCGCUCCCCGCCCUCGACCCAGCCUGCCGCAGAAUACAGAGCUGGCCUCCAUCACCCAAAUGGAGUUGGAGUGGGAUGAUAGCUAUGAUGCGUGCCCAGUGCAGACCAAUGAGGCUCCUGUGGAGAGUGAGCCUGCACAGGAGCCUCCUGAUGAGCUCCCACAGCACAUCCGGGAGAUGAGGAAAACAGCCACCAUGUUGGUAAAAGGCUCAUAUAUUGAGGAAAAUGAAUUUGAGGACGAUGUGAGGGUUUAUGAUCUUGUUGCCAAGAAAGACACUAGAGAGGUUGAGCACAUAAAGCCCAAACGCAAUGAUUCUGAAUCAGAAGAAAGCCAACCAGAUUCAGCUGAGGCUCCUCUGAAAAACGGACUAAGUGUUUCACUUCCAACUUCAGUGAUGGGUGAUAUGAACAGCUUGGACACAAAGGCCAAAGGUCAGAUGGAUUGUAAUUCUAACCCUCAAAACACCACAUCUGCCGAGCCCAGUGAUGACCUUUUGGCUCAGUACGAGGAGCUCAUCCGUACGUUGGAUACUGAAGCAGCGAGAAAACAGGUCAAACCUGAUGCACAGUUAAAGAAGCCUAUCACACCUGCAGAGGAGGAAGAGGAGGAAGAAAUGGAUUUCACCUUCUCUGCUGAGACACCAGAGACAGAGAAACUGCAUUCACCAUUUGGGGUUCAGCUUGGUGGCGGAAGUGGGGGUAGAAACCAGUCAGCACCUUUUACUGGUCCAUUUGUCAGUGUGUUGUUGUCUCGUCUGGAGAACAUGCUGUCUAACUCGCUUCACGUCAACUUGCUUCUGACGGGCAUCCUGGCGCAGUUGGCUACCUACCCCCAGCCUCUGCUGCGCUCCUUCCUCCUCAACACCAACUUAGUUUUUCAGCCGACUGUUCGCUCUCUCUACCAGGUUCUUGCCACUGUAAAGAACCAGAUAGAACAGCAGGCUGCCUCCAGGAAAGACUUCCCAGAGCUGAUUACUACUGCCCAACACUGGCUGCUGGCCAGAGAGACUUCAUACAUGGCAGCAGAUAGCAGCAGCAGCAGCAGCAGCAGCAGCAGCAGCAGGCACUCCACCCACAGCGAGGCAGCAAGGAUGUUGAAGAGUUCGCCACCACCAAAACCCAAAGCCAUCUCUCUGGAUCGGACAGAGGUUUUUGCUACCGUCCUCUUUACGGAGUUCCUCAAAGAACUGGCUGCCAUUGCACAAGAGCACUCCAUCUUAUCCUACAUUCCUAUGGAAGAGUAAUCGUGUCCAGUUUGACUCUGAAAGACUGCAAAGGACUCUUUAAUAAUGGGUUUCUGCUUGUUGUGUCCUUCUCAAGCAGUACUUGUUGAAGAAACUUCUCAGAUCCAGUGAUUUUUAUUACAUCUAUUUAAAAUAUCUAUAUUUUUCGAAGCAAAGAUAAUCAAUUUCUUAUCCUUUUUAUUUGACCAUUUCUGGUUUUGUAAGGGUCUUUUUGGCCACCAAUAGGGAGGGCUUAUAUUGACCUGUUUACUGAAGCCUGCACCAGCCCAUUAUGCUGAUAGGAGAGCGCUUCCACCAAGUCCACCAACCAAAGACUGUAGAGAGAUUAUUUUAACAAAAACAGCCCAUAUUUUAACUCUAAAUAUCUUCCUGAAUGUCUUCUCUAACACAGCUAGAUGUCUGGUGCUCACUUUGGUUCUGUUGAAUACUCAGGUGGCCUUCCUGGAAAGUUGUUGCCUCUUUGCCAUAGGUCUACAAACACACCUGAGCACACAUAGAGCCUCUGUCACUUUCAGAGGGCAAGCCUUUGAAUUAACAGCAUAAACAUGUAACUUAAAGAUACACUGUUGUAUCUGAACAGCAGCAGGAUCAUCGCAAAGAAUCGAAACUUUAUUCUUAUGCCACUGUUACGUUACUACAAUUUUUGGGGCAAAACAGGUGGGUCCCUUUAAUACUUGUGGGUGUUUUCACAAAAUGUCUGUGGGUUAAAUGCAUAUUUGUUUGGUGUUUUUCUGUAAAGUCAUGACGGUACCUCAGGAGUUUCUUAAUGCAUGUUCUGUUCUCUCAGUUCUUAAACAGCCUUUUGGUGAAGCAAUUUUCCUACAAUGCACUAGUAACUCGCAUGUUCUCCAGACACAAGCACCAAAACCAGGAUUUGUCGUUCUAUAUUUAAUUUGCCUUACUUUAGUGAUGGUUUAUAAUGUAAAUAUUUGUAAGAAAAGAAAUUGUAAUGACACAAAACACUAUGCAAAUCAAUGAUAUUGUAGGAAUAAUUAAUUUGGGAUAUUUCCACAAUGGUAAGGGGUAUUUAAGAGUUUGUUUUGCCACAAGAUUAUGGUAGAUAUACUUGUUAUAGUUUGUCGUUAUCUUCUAUUUGGGGUUUAUGUAGGGUGUUGUAGUUGUGAUAAAUCUCAAAUAUUUCUGUUGGGAGAGAUGUAGUUCUGCAUCGGUUGAAAACAUAUCACAUUGUAACAGUCACAGAGGGCAAACUGUUUGUAAAUCGCCUUUAUUUUAGUCCAGGUAUUACACGUGUUUGUUAAAAUUGGAAUAUACAAGAGAUAUAUUUUGUUACAAAGCAUGCCUCGGCUGUCUUAAUGAAUUACCCAGGACAGAAAUACUUGUAUACUUAUAGUGCCUAAAUUAUGAUUUUAGUUCUCUAUAUUGCCUGAUUUUGAAUGGAUUUACACAGGAAUGAGGUUUGUUACUUGAAGCUGUCUGUUGUCUAAGUAUAAAGGAAUAGUGACGGAAGAAGUGCACAAAAUAUUGUUCUGUCUCAUAUUAUCGAUGACCACGUUGCGUUUGUUUUAAACUUAAAAAAUACGAUUCCAUCUUUUCAGAACUUUAUAUAAGGAUGCAGUAACAGGGUGACAUUAACCUGGUAAAUUGAAUUUCUUGGAAGAUAAUUUGUUUAAAGUUUACUUCAAUCUUGGAUUUCUAUAUAGAAAAAAAAGUGAGAACUUUUAGAUGGUUUAUUUCAUGGCAGACUUUUUUUUCAUUUUAAACAUUUAGACUCCGAGACAAUGGGCUGCUCCUAAAAUAUACAAACUAUAAAUGUGCUUUUGUACUCUCCUACCCUACUGUAGGUCUGGCUCAUAAUAUGAUGAAUUUGAUUUAACUUGAGUUUUUAAUUUGGAUUCUUUGUUUUUGUUCCUUUUUAAAUCCAUUCACCUUCUACUACAUGCAAAGCAGGCAAACGUUUAUGUAUUGAAAUCUUUCUUCACAUAUUUUUGUUUUUAAAAAAUGGCUUAGCAUAGUAUUUUUGUGUCAAAGCCAUUUUCAGAUUUGCUAGUGAAUAAGUAUUUCUCUCUGGGAAAAGAAUGUUGCUGAGCACUUUAUCAGCCUUUUCAUACUACACUCUGACACCUCAACCUGCACAGAUCCAUUCAGUAUGUGUAACGUACCCAGCACAGAAUUACAAUGACUGUUUUACAGCAUUGUAGAAAGGUGAGAUAAUACACCAGGUUUGAGUCUGAGUAGGUUCUUAUUCCAAAGAUUGAUCCCUACUGACACCAUUUGGCCUCAAGAUUUCUGUCUUAAUGUGAUCAGGUUGCUGUUUUUGGCUGAAGUUUGAGACACAAAAGCAUGCCUCUUUUAAUAAAAGUCAACUUCUGGUAAAGAAACAGAAUGUA